GCGGGGCGGUGUGGGGACUGCCAGUGCCCCGCGCCCGGCCGCCGCCUCUCGCCGCCGCCUCUCGGCGCCGCGCAGAAUGGGGGCACCGGCGCGGCGGGGCUUCUCCGAGGAGGAGUUUCGGGCCGUUUGCCGGGAGCUGGACCAGACGGUGUCGACCGCAGACGGGCCUUGGGAGCUCCUGGUGGAGAGCACGGGCGUGAAGAUCUACCAGCUGUAUAACGAGCAAUCAGGACUAUAUGAGUAUAAAAUCUUUGGUGGUCUUGCUGACUGUCCCCCAAAACUCUGUUUGGAUGUCUAUAUGGACUUAAAUUACAGAAAACAAUGGGAUCAAUAUGUUAAAGAACUGUAUGAGAAAACAUGUGAUGGUAAAAAAAUAAUCUACUGGGAAGUGAAGUACCCUUUUCCUCUCUCAAACAGAGAUUAUGUCUAUGUUCGUGAAUGCCGAGAGAUGGAUGUUGAUGGGCGGAAGAUCUGGGUUGUGUUAGCUCAAAGUGUGUCAGUUCCUCAGUGCCCUGAAAAGCCUAGUAUUAUCAGAGUUAAAAGCUAUAAACAAAGUCUGGCAAUUGAAAGUGAUGGCAAGACUGGCUCGAAAGUCUACAUGUACUACUUUGAUAAUCCUGGUGGCAUGAUUCCAUCAUGGCUGGUCAACUGGGUUGCCAAGAGUGGUGUGCCUGCCUUCUUGAAGGAUAUGCAAAGAGCUUGCCAUAAUUAUUCUAUGAGUACAUAGGUCAAAGUUGAUCUGAAUUGUUUAAUUCCUAGAGUUCUGCACUUACAGGGAUGGCUAUUCUAUAUUACACUGGAUAAAAUCUACCUCUAAUAUUGGAAAGAAUUUUAUUUUAGUUGGUUUUAUGCCUUUGAAUUUUAUUAGGUCUUUGUUUCCAUCUCCAACUGAAGAGCUAGCUACUGGCAAGGUUUCACCAACAUCAGCUGCAUCCUUUUGGAAGUACUUAAGUUUAGCUUUGUCCCCCGUGUUUUGCUUAUGCUGAUUGUCAUGUGUCAGCUAGAGGAGUUCUGUUGAUUGAAACAUUACAUCCUUGGACAAGAGACAACGAUCUUGCUAGGAAAAAUGUCUGAACUUGGACCCAAAAUUCUCUGCACGUGUUAUGCCUAGAUCUGCUUUUGUGGCCUUGCAGGGUGGCUUCCUACUGAAAUUGAAUAAUGGAAUUUGCAUUGCUUAGGAGGAAACGCUUUUGCUACCCACGUUUGUCAUUCAACUGACUGCCUGCUAUAAACUUAAAAAGUGCUGAGGGCAUAUAUGUAAAUUACUAGAAGUCUGCAGUAGGAUCUGGAACUCUGUUACUAAGCUUCCUUGUGAUAGCUUUAAGUCCAUAUAUAUAAAAGGACUUGUGCCUAAAGCCUUGCAUUCACAUCUCAAUACCCCUGUACGAAAAGUAAAAACCAUUAGGGAUGUCCAACUGGAAAGAAAGGAGGAUUUGGCUUCCGUGUCUGAUUUAAGGGGAACAAGUUACAUCUUCAGAGUCAGUAGCCUUAUCAAUAAAGCAGCUUGGAUACCAGCGUUAAAAUGGAAGUAAUUUUAAACUGGAUGCCCUCAACCGAAUAUGAGUGAACUUGAUGUGAAACUUGAGCUUGCUUUCAUUUUUAAAUUUCAUGCUGAUGCAAAUAAUUAAACUAAUUUUGGAUGCUAAUCAACUAAAAGCACAACUCAGCAGCAAAUUAAAUUUCUAGCACCUUUGUAGGGGGUGGGGCAGGGUGAGGGAGGAUGGAGUGCAUAUAAAGUGAGAGGGCCUCAAUCUCAGGGAUUUAAAGUAUUCUGCACUGUUACUAAAUCUAAUCCUGUUACUGAACAAAUCUUGUAAUGGGGUAGCUUUGUCUUAUUUAAAAAAAAAAAAAAAAGGUUGAAGUAAUUGCCUUUAUACUUUGUGUAAAUGCUUGUUUCCAAUAAACCAUUAUUCUAUCCAUGUA